CGGUCGGGUUUCGGUCGGCUGGGCCAGAGCGGCAGGCGGGGCCUGGUCGGGCGGCCGCCGUUGGGCGGCGCCGAGUUGUGGUGCGCAGGCUCCAGGGCGUGUGGACUCAGAAGUUGUGGCACGCAGGCUUAGUUGCCCCGUGGCAUGUGGGAUCUUAGUUCUACGAGCAGUGAUCAAACCCACAUCCCCUGCAUUGGAAGGCAGAUUCUUUACCACUGGACCACCAGGGAAGUCCAUGGAAUAUUUUGAAACUUUCUUGUUUGUCUGGUAUGUGUUAUUUCUUAUAAUAUUCAGUGUACAUUUUGAAAAAGUGUAUUCUCUGUGUUUUAAGUAAGUAUCCUCUAUUUGAUCCACUCAUUUCUGAGGGAAGUGUGUUAAUAAAAUCUCUCAUUCCAGGGGAGGGUUUGCAUGUUUCUCUUUGGCACUGCACUUAGCUUUGGUUUUCUACACUUCGAGGAUUUGUUUGUAGAUACACAUGUUUCUAAUUACAGCUUUUGGUGGAUUUUUCCUUUUAUUAAUACCCGGUGUCUGCUUUUGUUCCUAAUAAUGAUUUUUGCUUUCAGUCUUGUUUUGAUUGGUAUAAACAUCGCUAAGGCACAUGCAGCAAAGCAUGUUCAGCUCGCAAACACCGUGCUAAGGGGAAGAAGGCAGCACAGAGUGCAAAAGGCAUAGCCCCUCUGACAGAGUCCACAGGGCGCUGAUCUGUGCUGCCAGGAGCCAGGCAGAGGUUCUCCUGGGAGGCCAGCAAGGAGGCAGAGCCUGCAGCAGUGGCAGGGCUGUCAGGGCCUGGUUCUGUGGGCCGGGCCCCUCGAGCUGUGUGUUCGAUUUGUCGACUCUGCUGUAUAAACGUCAUACUCCAAUAAAGAGCUUUAAAGAUACAGAAAAGGUAAAUAUAGCUAUUAUAGCUUUAUUUUAAUUAGUGUUUCUUUGGUCUGUUUUAUAUUUAGCCUUUCUGUGUUAUUUUAGGUUAUAUAGGUCCAUUUUGUGUAUCUAAUUGGAGAGUCUUGUGCUUCCAGUAGGUGAGUUUAAUCCUUUUACUUCUAACUGUUACACAUCCAUUGGUCUUGUUUCUACUAGUUUUGUGUUUUUUGCCUCCUCAUCUUUGACUUUGCUUUAUGCCUUCUAUUGAUUUUUUUUUUUCACUCCUUUUUCUUCCUCAGCCCUUAAUGUGUUAUCUUUAUUCUUUCAUAUAAAGUGAAUGACUGUUUCCAUCCUCCUCCUGAAUGAGACUACUUGGUGCCCAGGAGGAGGUGGGGGCAGAUGACCUGAAAUGUUGUACGUGUCUGCAGGAAGCGGAGUCUGCCCGGGAGGCCGAGCACUGAGGCCGGCUGCAGGAGGGGCCAGGCUGGACCUCCACAUGUUCUUCUCUCUUCCCUCAGCACCUGAGUGACUGGCUCCUGCCUCCAUUCCCGGGAAGCCCAGGGUACUAGGCAAUGGCAGCUUUGCAUCUGUCUGCCCUGCCCCAGGCUGAAGUGACCUUCGAGGACGUGGCCGUGCUCCUCUCCAGGGAGGAGUGGGGCCGUUUGGGCCCUGUUCAGAAGGGCCUCUACAGGGAUGUGAUGCUGGAAACCUACAGGAACCUGGUCUCGCUGGGAGCUGGACCUACAGGCCCCAAGCCGGAGGUGAUUACACAGUUGGAGCGAGGGGAUGAGCCGUGGGUCCUGGACGUGCAGGGGAGAGAGGGACCGACCAUCGAUGGCUCAGCUCAUGGGACCAGGAGUGAGAACCAGGAGUUGACUUCAGGCGAGAUGCUCUAUGGGGAAGAACUGGACCAACUCAGGGGCAGUGUUCUCCAGGGACCUGAGCCGGGAGAAGCCUGUGAGCAUGUCAGGGAGACAGAGGGGAACAUGGACGGGCCUGUGGAGCAGAGAGGCCCCAGGCCAGUCACACUGGCCAACAAGGAGAGUGGCCUGGAGUGUGGGGGAAACUUCAGGUUGGGGUCAAGCCCUCUCGCUGAUCAGAGACCUCACAAAUGCGAUAUAUGUGAGCAAAGUUUUGAACAGAGAUCAUACCUUAAUAACCAUAAGCGUGUACACAGGUCCAAAAAAACAAAUAUAGUUCGUGAUUUAGGGGAAGUUUUCACUGCAAAUUUAGUUGUUAAAGAAGAUCACAAAAUUCCUAUUGGGAAAAAAUUGCAUUAUUGCGGUUGCUGUGGGAAAGCCUUCAGGUACAGUGCUAACCUUGCCAAGCACCAGCGGCUGCACAGCGAAGAGAAGCCCUACAAGUGCGACGAGUGUGGGAAAGCCUUCCACCAGAGCUGCGAACUCAUCAAUCACCGCAGGAUGCACUCCGGGGAGAUCCCCUACCGCUGCGAUGAGUGCGGGAAGACGUUCAAUCAGAGGCCCAACCUCAUGAAGCAUCAGAGGAUCCACACUGGGGAGAAGCCCUACAAGUGUGGUGAGUGUGGGAAGCACUUCAGUGCUUACUCGUCCCUCAUUUAUCACCAGAGGAUCCACACUGGAGAGAAGCCCUACAAGUGCAACGACUGUGGGAAGGCCUUCAGUGACGGCUCAAUCCUCAUCCGACAUCGUCGGACUCACACUGGAGAGAAGCCAUACGAGUGCAAAGAAUGUGGCAAAGGCUUUACCCAGAGUUCUAACCUUAUUCAACAUCAAAGAAUUCACACUGGAGAAAAACCCUAUAAAUGUAAUGAAUGUGAGAAAGCCUUCAUCCAAAAAACCAAGCUUGUUGAACAUCAGAGAAGCCACACUGGAGAAAAGCCCUAUGAAUGUAAUGACUGUGGCAAAGUCUUCAGCCAGAGCACCCACCUCAUCCAGCAUCAGAGGAUCCACACGGGAGAGAAACCCUACAAGUGCGGUGAGUGUGGGAAGGCCUUCCACAACAGUUCCAGACUCAUCCACCAUCAGAGGUCACACCACGGAGAGAAGCCGUACAAAUGCACUGAUUGCAAGAAAGCCUUCAGCCAGGGCACGUACCUCCUGCAGCACCGGAGGAUCCACACCGGGGAGAAGCCGUACACAUGCAGCGAGUGUGGCAAGGCCUUCAGGCACAGCUCCAACAUGUCCCAGCAUCAGAGGAUUCAUCUCCGGGAAGACUUUUCCCCGUGACUGGGGGAGGCCCCUGAGGUCUGCUGUGCACUUCCUGCAUGUGACCCACCCAGCCCUUUACUUGCUGUCCACAUAGUGUUGUCACAGGUGAAAGAGCAUUUCUGUCUAAUUAAAAAAAAAUCUUAAAACAGAAGCAGUGCAUGUUCAUUUUAGAGAAAUCGAGUGAGAAACAUAAGCAAACAGGAGAAACUCCUGUAGCCUCCCCUUAGACAAAGAGAACUCACCACCACUGCACCCGGUGUAGGUUUUGUCCAGACACACCGAACAGCAUCCUCAAGAGAAGUACUGUGGUGCUUUCUGUGCAGCUCGUUUCCUCAAUCCUGGAAAACUCACACUGGAGAGAAUUCUAUGUGUUUACAUGGUUUUACACAUUGUAAAUUUUUUAAAAUUAGCAUUUUCUGUAUCACUUAAUAGAACUGCCUUUUUUAUUGUGGUAAAAUAUAUACAACAUUACAUGUACCAUUUAAACCAUUUUUAAGUGUACAAUUCAGUGGCAUUAGAUACAUUCACAAUAUUGUAUAACCAUCAGCAAAUCUGUUUCCAAACUGUUUUAUCCGAAACAGAAACUCUGCACACAUUAAACAGUAAUUGUCCACCCUCCCCCUUUCCAUUUUUCUGUCUCAGAGAAUUUUUCUAUUCUAAGUACGUCAUAUAAGUGAGGUCAUACAACAUUUGCCCUUUAUGUCCUGGCUUAUUUCACUUAGCAUAAUGUCCUCAAGGUUCAUUGUGUUGUAACAGGUGUCAGGACGACAUUCUUUCUUUACAGCUGAAUAAUAAUUGCACUGUUUGUUGAUACCACGUUUUGUUUACCCAUCAUUUGUUGAUAGAUUACUUGGGUGUUUCUGCGUGUUGAUUAUUGUGCAUAAUGCUGCUAUGAACAUUAGUAUACAGAUCUGUACUUGUACUUUCCCUACUUUCAGUACUUUGGGGUAUAAUCCUAGGAGUAAAACUGCUGGAUUAUAUGGUAAUUCUAUGUUUAAGUUUCUGAAGAAUGGCCACACUUUUCCACAAUGGCAGUACUAUGUUAUAUCCCCACUAGCAAUUC